AUUCAAGAUGGUUAGUUGCAGAAAGGCAAAUUACAAAAUGGACCCAUUCUGAGAACAAAGCCUUCGAGAACGGCCUUGCUCUGUAAGACAAGGACACGCCGGACCGGUGGGAGAAGGUGGCGGAAAUGGUUCCCAGCAAGAUGGCGGCGGAUGUGAUUUUGCAGUACAGAGAAUUGGAAGAAGAUGUCAGUUGCAUAGAAGCUGGUCUGAUGGAUUUGCCGCCCCUCCCCCUCCUCCAAGUAGUUUCACUUCGCCUUUCACACUUGAUUAUUGGGGAAAUAGCGGCCGCGGAUUCGAUGCCCAUGGACGUACUUUCGCCGCCGAUGGGAAGAGGCCGCCGUCUAACCGGGCGCAUGAGCAAGAAAGGAAGAAGGGCGUUCCUUGGACGGAGGAAGAGCACAGCUAGAAAGUCUUCCUGCUUUGGUUUAUGGAGUCUGGUCAAAUGACGGCAAUUUGCAACUUGAAUCGACCACCCAGUUCCGGAAGCUUCUUUCAAUAGGUUCCUCCUUCAAGUUCAUUUUCAAAUGAGAUAUCCCUACGUGUUUCCUUUUCAUUAUUUUCUUGGUCAUAUCAUAUAUGUUGUAUAUGUACAUUCUCGAUUUGUAUUUCAUUUUUGGCCGAACACAAUCCACCAAUUGAGGAGUUCAUACAAUCCGGAGUUGUUCCUCGCUUUGUUCAAUUUCUUGCUAGAGAUGACUACCCCCGCUUCAGGUUUGAAUUGAUUGAUGUUUCUUGUUCAUGGAAACAUCCAUAUAUUCAACACCAAACUUCUUCUUUUAAAGUUUCACAUUCUAUUUUCUAGUUUGAAGUUGCAUGGGCUCUCACGAAUAUUGCAUCUGGCACAUCGGACAAUACAAAAGUUGUUAUUGAUCAUGGUGCUGUACCAAUUUUUGUGAGACUUCUUAGUUCCCCAAGUGAUUAUGGAGAUGUUCUUAAUAGCAGGCACCUCGAUUCCAAUAGUCUUACUGGUCAAAUUCCAUUGCAGAAGAAAUAGAGAGACCAGGUUCUUCUUUGGCUGUUAUAUUUGUAAUCCUAAUUCUUAUGUAUUGUUAUAUGAUGUUUUAAUACUUAGAUAGGGUGGCAAAGCAAGGUUUUGAAAGUAAUAGGCCUAAUGGAUUCUGGUUGAUUUAUUCAAUUAGACCAUUAAGCUUGGUCUGGCCCGUUUCAGUCUAUUAUACUGCAGUUUGGGCCUGAUAUUUCCUUAGUCCAGUCUGUUUCUCCUUAUUUCGACCCAACUCUCUUGAUUCGCAUAUAAAAGGUCUCCUCCUUCUCUUCUGGAGACAUCUUUUUGCGUCAUUUUGAAACCCUAACUAUAGAGAGGCGAGUUAGAGAGCUUGAGUGUUGAUUGAGAGGGAAACUACUGGUUUUUCGUGUUAAGACCUGAGAACACUUGAAGCUGAUGAAGCUGAGAAAGGCUGGAAAUCAAUCGUGUGGCGAAGCUUAAACGCUGGGCAGUUGGUUCGAAUCCAAGAAUCUGCACUCUCCUGAGUUUUGGAAGCUUUAUUCGGUUAUUUCUAUUCCUUUUAUUACUUCUGUUGUCGUGCUUGUGUUUUGGCUGAUUCUUCUGUGUUAGAUCUUAUUAUCUUUUCUGAUCUUGCUUUGCAACCAUCUUUGUAUUCAAACUAUUCUGAGCUAGUGGAUUCUUGGGACCGGGUUUCCCCUGUUGAAACCCCGUAGAGUAGGAUUUAUCCGAACUGUGUCAACAUAUCGUGUGUUCAUUUCUUUAAUUUCUGUUUUGGUUGAACUUGAAGUUUGAAUCCGGUAUUUUGAUUGUGACUAUUGAUAUAGUCUGAGAACAAUUUUGGUAUCAGAGCCUUUACAUUAGAUUCUUGAAACCCUAAUCUAAAUUUAUGAUUUGAUUGAGUUUUCAAGAAACCCUAAUUUUUGGUUUACUGUUUUUCGAUCCUGAAACCCUAGCUCAAAACUGUUCGAAUCUUGAUUGCAUUUAGUUCUUGUCUGAUUGCCUUCUGUUGUUUUGUUACCUAUUUGUAUCUUGAGCCUAACCUGCAAACAUGUCUGACACUGGUAUCAAGAUUCGCAUCUUUGAUGGUACCAGUGACUUUCCCAUGUGGCAGCUUAAGAUGAAAGCUCUUCUUAUGAAGCAGAAAUGCUUUAGAGCUGUCUCAUCUGAUACUGUUCUCAAUGUGUCUAGUUCUGAUUUGUCUGAACAGAAAAAUGCUGCAUAUUCUGAAUUGAUUAUCCAUCUGUCUGACAAUGUGGCUAGAAAAUUUUCACAAUCACUGAUCCUAAAGUGUUAUGGGAUACCCUUGAGUCCACAUAUAUGAAAAAGUCCAUGUCUAUAAAGAUUUCUCUGCUCUAUAGGCUAUUUACCUUUAAAAUGAAUAUUUCUGUGUCUUUAUCUGAGAACUUGGAUAAUUUUCUGAAAUUGACACAAGAGAUAGAAAAGGUAGAUGAAAAGAUAAAAGACACCCAUCAAGCUGUUAUUCUGUUAAACUCUUUACCACCUCAGUUUGAUAACUUUAAGGAUGUCAUCCAGUAUUCUAAUGAUGAUCUCACCCCUGGUAAGAUCACUGAUGCUAUACAUGAGAAGAAUGAAUCCCUUAAAGUUUUUAAGUCUAAAUCUGAUCCCUCUAAUACUGAGAAAACUAAACCUAAAAAUGAAGCCCUAGUUAUUAAAGGGAAACCAAAGAAUAAAAAGAACAGUUCAAAGAAGAAGAAUAAAACUGAUAAAGAUAAUUCUGAAAAGAAAACCUCCAAAUGUCACUACUGUGGCAUAGAAGGACAUUUUGCAAGAGACUGUAGGAAAAAGAAAAGGGAUAAACAAGGUGAUAAUAAAAAUAAUCCUAACCCUACUUCUAAUACCGAAUCUGCAAAUAUUUUUCAACAUGAAUUGCUUGUUUGUUCUGGAUCUUCUUUGAAUAAUGAAUGGAUUUUAGACUCUGGGUGUACAUUGCAUACUACUCCUAACAAGACCUACUUUUCCUCACUGACUCUAUAUGAUGGGGGAAAGGUCAUGUCAGGAGACAAUACUGCCCUAGAUAUCAAAGGUGUUGGUAAUGUUCCUCUGAGGAUGUUUGAUGGGGUUGUAAGGGUUAUCCAAAAUGUUAGGUGGGUUCCCUUCUUAAGAAGGAAUCUCCUAUCAGAAUCUGUUUUUGAUGAUCUGGGUUGCACUAUUAAUACACAGGAUGGAUAUAAGGUUGUUUCCAAAACUAAUAAUGGUCUUGAGUUCUGCAAUAAUGAAUUCAAUAAUUUUUGCAAAAAUGAAGGGGUUAAAAGGUUGCUUAUUGUCCCUGGAACUCCUCAGCAGAAUGGUACUGCUGAAAGGAUGAACAGAACCCUGCUUGAAAAGGCAAGGUGUAUGCUCAUCAGUUCAGGCCUUGGUAAUUACCUGUGGGGUGAAGCAGUGGUUACUGCUUCAUACCUUAUUAACAGAUCCCCAUCUUCUGUGAUCAGUUUUAAAACUCCACGGGAAAUGUGGUCUAGGAUUAAACCUAACAUUUCUCAUUUAAGGUCUUUUGGGUGUGCAGCCUAUGCCCAUGUUUCUCAAGCUAAAUUACAACCUAGAGUCUUAAAAUGUGUAAUGUUAGGCUAUCCUGAGGGAGUUAAAGGCUAUAAGCUACUGGUUGUACAACCAGGGGCUUAUAAAUGUAUUGUAUCCAGAGAUGUUACUUUCAAUGAAUGUGAUUUUCCAUUUAAACGAACUGAUACUGUCUUGAGUAAGUCUGCAGAUGCUUCUGAUGAAAAUUUCUUUGAAUCUUUGGAUAAUGAUGACUCUAUGAAUGAAGAGGACCAUAGUGGAAUCCUCCACAAUGCUGCAUAUGAUUAUUCAGAAUCUGAAACAGACCAACAUGAUGGCCUCAAUGGAGGUGAACAGUUUCUGUUUUGCAGGCAGUUCUUCAAAAUCUUUGAAGUACCUUGAAAUUAAGGGUACUUGUUUGUGAUGAUGAUGAAAGGGUGUAAGCUGGUCUCUUGAAUCCUGACACUGGCUAUGAUGAUAAAUGCUCUUAUGAGUUGUGCCUCAACAGAAUUAGUCUUAGGAGGACAAAUUGUUAUAUUUGUAAUCCUAAUUUUUAUGUAUUGUUAUAUGAUGUUUUAAUACUUAGAUAGGAUGGCAAAGCAAUGUUUUGAAUGUAAUAGGCCUAAUGGAUUCUGGUUGAUUUAUUCAAUUAGACCAUUAAGUUUGGUCUGGCUCGUUUGAGUCUAUUAUACUGCAGUUUGGGCCUGAUAUUUCCUUAGUCCAGUCCGGUUCUCCUUAUUUCGACCCA